CCAGCAUUUUCACCGCCCGACUUUACAACACAGCGAUAGAGGUGACCCACUCCGUCUAGUCCUUUACUGAGCCAGGGGAUUUAGACGCUGCAGAGCCGAAGCAUCUUCAUUCGCUAGAAAAAUGGCUGAACCGAUCCGUGUUGUGGUGACCGGCGCUGCUGGGCAGAUCGCCUACUCCCUGCUGUACAACAUCGCCAAGGGAGAUGUGUUCGGGAAGGACCAGCCAAUCAUCUUGAUCCUGCUGGACAUCACCCCAAUGCUGACAGUGCUGGAUGGAGUCGUCAUGGAGAUGCAGGACUGUGCCUUCCCACUGCUGAGAGAGGUCAUCCCCACUGACAAGGUGGAGGUGGGCUUCAGGGACGUGGAUGCUGCCAUCCUGGUGGGCUCCAUGCCCAGGAAGGAGGGCAUGGAGAGGAAGGACCUGCUGAAGGCCAACGUGGCCAUCUUCAAGACGCAGGGAGCCGCCCUGGACAAGUACGCCAAGAAGACUGUCAAGGUUCUGGUGGUCGGAAACCCAGCGAACACCAACUGUCUGAUCGCCUCCAAGUCUGCUCCAUCCAUCCCCAAGGAGAACUUCUCCUGCCUGACCCGACUGGACCACAACAGAGCCUGCUCCCAGGUGGCCAUGCGUUGCAGCGUGUCCUCUGACAGCGUGAAGAACGUCAUCAUCUGGGGGAACCACUCCUCCACCCAGUACCCCGACGUCCACCACGCCAAGGUCAACAUCCACGGCUCAGAGGUGAAGGCCUACGACGCUGUGAAGGACGACGCCUGGCUCAGAGGAGACUUCAUCUCAACGGUGCAGCAGCGUGGUGCAGCUGUCAUCAAAGCCAGGAGGCUGUCCAGCGCCAUGUCAGCUGCCAAAGCCAUCUGCGACCACAUGAGGGACCUCUGGUUCGGCACCAAGGAGGGCGAGUUCAUCUCCAUGGGUGUGUACGCUGCCGGAAACUCCUACGGCAUCCCAGAGGACCUGAUCUACUCCUUCCCCAUCCAGAUUAAGGGCAAGAGCUGGAAGAUUGUUGACGGGCUCCCUAUUAAUGACUUCUCCCGUGCCAAGAUGGAUGCCACAGCAGCAGAGCUGGUGGAGGAGCGAGACACUGCCCUGGACUUCCUGUCCCAGUGACUGUCGCCCCCUGCUGGCCCACAGCAGCAUGUAGAUCCCCUGAAGGCCUGCUGCUCACGGCUGUAAACAUGAAGCUCUCCACUAUUAUAACCACCGUAGCUGGUGUCUGUGUGUUACCUCUGUGUGUGUGUGUGCAUUAAAGUGUGUAUCACUAGGCCACCUUAAGAACCAUAGCCUGGCCUCCUCUGUCUGCACGGCCCUGAGAGGAUGUCUCUGUUGGUAGACGAUAACACACAGCAGCUGUCCAGAAACUGUAAUGGAACAUGUCAUCACCAAUAAAACAAGGAAACUGACAGGCCA